UGCGAUGGUUGUGACACGAAGGCUGUAGAAAAGGGGAAGAGAGAGAGGAAGGGGAAGACAGUGGAAGACAAAAAGACGGAGAGAGAGAGAGAGAGAGAGAGAGAGAGAGAGAGAGAGAGAGAGAGAGAGAGAGAGAGAGAGAGAGAGAGAGAGAGAGAAGGGGGGCGUGCUUUGGACGUGGCAGCGAUGGCGUUCUCCUCGGCCCAACUUCGCCUGAUGUCAGAUUUGAAAGCCAUUCGUCAGGAGCCUCCUGAGGGGUGCAGUGCAAGUCCAGUCAAUGAUGACAGCCUGUUUGUAUGGUCCGCGACUAUCUUUGGGCCCGAUGAGACUCCAUGGGAAGGGGGAAUCUUUUCAUUGCAACUGAGUUUCAGUGAACGAUAUCCGGAGAAGCCGCCAAAGGUCAGAUUCAUAUCUGAAGUGUUUCAUCCAAAUGUUUAUAGAGAUGGAACCCUUUGUAUGGACAUCAUUCAAGAGGCAUGGUCGCCGUGUCACAAUGUCAGCACCAUUCUCACGUCAAUCCAGAGCCUUUUGACUGAUGCGAACCCUUCGAGUCCAGCGAACCCUGAAGCUGCUGAGAUGUAUCUGAACGAUCGGCGGACUUUUAAUAGGAUUGUGCGUCGCUGCGCACAAAAGAGUCUGGAAGCUCCUGUCUGAUUAUAGUAAUAGCCAUUUGGAAUCGAAUGGAAAGCAUAUUCAGGAGAGCCAAUACGGUCAUGUAGAUGGUCUUUUUUUUUUCUUAUCAAGCCUGUCCAUAGCCUGCAGCCAACCAUCUCGAUGGCUCUGGCCAUGUCCCCAUUUCCCCUGCCAGCUUUGCCUGCUCAUUCUCCGCUUCGGGGACUUCGAUCUUUCCGCAUGUGGGACUCAGUGGCAUAUCCUUCAGUGCCAGGGAGAGCAUGUAAUACCCACAAGAAAGAGAGGGAGGGAAAGCAGAAAUGGGGAAGGGUGGUGUGCUUGGGUGUGUGUGUUGGGGGAGGGGGGGGGUGUAAGAAGAAGAAUUAGCAGGAAAGUGAAAUCUGGCUCAGUGACAUUGCUUAGUGCCAGGGAGAGCAUGGAAGCUCCAGAAGAAAAGGUUUGUUGGGGGGAGGGGAGGGGGGAAGGAGAAGAAGAUGUAAGCGGAGAAUGAAAUCUAUGACUGUGACGCAGAAGGGAAGUUGGGGAGGAGGAGGAGGAGGAGGAGGAGGAGCCUGGAGAGUGAUGCUCUGUGCUGCUCUGUCAGGAAAUUUUACAUCGAGACUGCUAGAUUUACACGGUGCUGAACCCAUUUGGAGAUUCUGGAUUUGUCGCUGAUCCACGAAAGAACACUUUUUUGAAGUUCCUUGUGGAAGUUUCGAAGUUGAGCUUCGGCAUAUCUCUAUUCUGGUGAUGCGUUCUUCUGCAUGCCCCAGACAGCCCGUAUUGCCGGAUUUGGCAGAGGGUGGGUUUUGCAAUGACCACAAGAAGCGGCAUGCCGCUUGAGCUUCCCAUGAUUUGAGCUGGCGAUAUCGACUUCGACUUCCUUUUCCUGCUCGGUGAGGGAGUGAUGCGAUCCAUACCUUGAGCAGGCAUAGCUCCUCUGCGCGCUCCCAUUUUAUUUUUACAAUUCAAAACCUCAAAGGUAUUGAUUGGACGGAAGUUACGGAACCCGUUCGCUUGCAGCUUUGUCACUGCAGCGGUGAGGUUGGGAAAGCGCAACUUUUGAGGCCGAUAGUGGAAGCAGGGAGCAAGCAGUCAGCAGAAAGGGCAUGGCAUCACGCAGCUCGAACCUGGUGCUUGUGUGAGAGGUCAUCGCUCAGUUCGCACCUGGUGCUUGUGUGAGCAGGUUGUACGGAAGUCACGGCACUAGAGAGUCUCUCAAGAGUGUGGAGUAAGUCUGUAUUCAUUUGCGCACACGCAAAUGGACAAAAGAAAAAAUUGUGUGCUAUGUGUGCAUGCAUCUAGGCUUAUUUUGUCACAUUCUUACAUUCAUGUCACGUGUAUAUAUUAUUUGGUGCUAGGGGAUUACUACUUCCAUCCGUGUGUAGGUAGUAGCUACUUUGCAGUGUGCAUGUACCUAGGCUAAUUUCUCACAUUCUUACAUUCAUUCAUGUCUGGUGUAUAUAUUAUUGCUCGGUAAUAACUAAUAACUCUUACGUACUAUGGAAUUACUACUGCCGUCCAAGUGUAGGUACUUAAUUACAAAGGACAUCCAUGUGUAGGUACUAUGUAAGUACUACUGUCAUUCAUUCAGAUCAUGUUUUUAAUGUGUGACUAUAUAUUGUCAUAUAUCUAUGAACUGAAAGAGCGCACUUGGCGAUACAAACAGAUAUAUAUAGCCUCCUGAUGAGUCGGUGAAACUCCGACGAAACACUUUGUC